AUGGUGGCUUUGCACUUUGUAGGGGUCAGGGCUUUGGCUGUCUUGGGUGGCUGUGAGUCACUGAACUGGGCUGAGGCUGAAGUGGGCCAGUGGGCGUGGCCAGUGGGUGUGGCCAGUGGGCAUGGCCAGUGGGCAUGGCAACUCCACCUCGCAUUAUUUGUGACAUCACAGUGGGAGGCAGCUAUAAAUGCAGCAGUGGGCGGCAGUGCCCCAGUAGAGCUUCGGCUAAUGGCCAUGGCUGCUACAAAGUUCCUCGCUUUGCUUCUGCAAGGCCUAAUCCUGUUCUCAGCGAAGGUUCAUGAGAAGCUGGAUGAGGCCACAUGGAAGCGCAUGGAGGAGCACGAUAAGGAGAUGAACCAGGAGAUGACUCGUCUGAUGGAGGAGAUGGACAGGAGAAGCCGACCUCAGUGGAACCUGGUGCCCAUGGGCCUGCAGCAGAUGGCUCAUGAGCAGAGCAUAAUGACCUGGGGAGCUGUGUUCUUUGCUGCCAUUGCUGGAGUCCUCGUCCUCCUGUUUUGGCUCUGCUUGUGGCUCAGGAAAAGACACUGUGAGGAAGACUCAGUCCACAGGAUGUAUGAGAUCUCAGACAUCAGCACAGAUGAGGAGGAUGAGGAAGAAAGCAUUAGAGAAGGUCUGAAAGCGGAGAAGCAAUUCGACAGGAUUUUUGUCGAAUGCAUCCCGUGGCCUCUGCAGAAAACGAUCUCCAGUAGCCAGGUGGUGAAGGAGCUGGUGGAUAACCUGCUGCAGGUCUUGCGACUGCGCCUGUCAAAUACUUUCUUGCCAGUGUUGCAGGAGGCCAUUGGUGUGGGCAGUGCCUUUGAAGGAUGGAGUCCCUGUGAGGCUGAUGAUGUUAUCUAUCACCUGCUUCUGCCUCUGAAGCCCCCCAGUGGGCACAGGUUCUGCCUGGAGCCCCUGGGCAGCAGGUCACAGAUGCCAGCCAAGGACUUCCACAUCCGUGUGGAGCUGGAGUGCAGCUGUGGGGGAGAGAACAUGCUAUGCUUCCUCCACCAUACUGUGAAUCAGAUGCCUAAUCUCCUAGAUGUCCUCUGCACCAACUCGUACCUUGAUGUGGCUAAACUUACCCGCUGGUUCCAGGGUUUGAUGAAGAAAGCCUGGGAAACAUUGCAUCAGGCACGUCACUACAAGAUGAAGGUGCUGCCCCACAGCCAGAGCUCCUGCCUGCUGCAGCUGACAGGAGACUCCGGGAGCACCUUCAUUCUUGAGAUUGUGUUUGGGGUGCCGCAAGGUGACUCAGACAUCUUCCUCACCAGCCAGACUGCAGGGGAUACUGACACCCCAAGCAUAAUAUGGACAGAGAACUACCUUGUGGCAGAGGUGAAGUUCUUUAGCCAUAUGGCCAAACAGGUCCCAUGUGGUAGGUUCCACCUCAAAUGCCUACAUCUCUGCACCUCCAUCCUGAAGGGCACAGACAUUUCCCCCUAUAUCAUCAAGACAAUUGUCAUGCACCUCCUCAACACCACACCUGUGUCAGGCUGGUGCAGACGGAACUGCAUCGUGCGGCUGGCAGAUAUCAUGAAGCACCUGCACUGCUGCCUGAAGAAUAAAACACUCAACAGCUUCUUCUUUGGCAAUGCAAAGAUGCCCAGGGAGAUCAUCUUGCCUCCAGAAUUCCAAACAUCCAAGCCACACAACCUCUUGCAGCAUCUGGUGCAGAAUCCAGCUGCCCACACCGAGGCAUUGAGACAGUUUGAGGAGAUUCAGGAGGAGCUUGUGAAUGGACUGUGCUAUGGGGCCUUAAAGAGACAGUCAUGCAGACAGCUGUGCCUCCAGAGGUGUGUGCCACCACCUGGACACUGA